AAAAUUUCUCUGAAUCCCAGACAUUAUACAACUGUAUCUUUCAUGAACCUCUGAUUCACAAAGAAAAAAAAGAAAGCAAAAUCCUUCCUCCGCCUAUAUCUCCGGUGGCGCACCGUCGCCGGAAUCUUCAUAGUUUCUCUCUCACUAGCUCCAUUUUUUCACACUAGUAAAGCUUUCUUUUUUCAACUUCGCUUGCUUCACACUCAUCUCUAUCCACCCACCCACCACCUACCCACCGAUAAUUUACACCACCCCAUCACUCCACGGCAUCAAAGUUUGAAUCUUGCGGCAAAACAACCUUCUGGGUAGGGACAAACACUGUGUUAUGGUAUGGCUCAGCAGAGGCAAUCGGGGACGGAGAGGCUUGGGGUGAGGACCCACGAUCUGCACCUCGCCAAUGGCUCCGCCGCCGAUCAUGUCGCUGUUGGGAUUCGCGGUGGUGUCGCUCACAAGCAGCAGCGCCUCCGGCGAUUGGCGCGAUCCGCUAGGGGCAAGAGUCUCUCCAUGGCUGCAAUCCUAGUUUUCCUCUUCCUUGUGCUUGUUGUUACUUUGCUGGCGUUUUCUUACAUUUCUAGAGAUGAAAUAAGCCACAGUGGUGAUGAUACUGAUGAAGUAAAGAGUGAGUCUGAUUUUCUUACAAAUGUACCACGAAUUCAGAGAAAGAAAGUUCUUGACUUUGGACAUGGGUCUGAGGGACAUGGCCGAGAUUCAAGAUAUUGGGAUAGGGAUGAUAGGAGAAGGGAUGGAGAUUAUGAUGAGAAAAUGAUGGAGCAGACAAGUAGGGAUCCUCGAGAUGAACAUACUAAAGAUGAUGCUCCUGUGAAGAUGAAUCAUGAUAUGAAGUCUUCUCAGGAUGGUUCCCACACAGGUUUAAAGCGAAAAGGUGUUGGCUUGUAUAAUGAAGCUGGACGUCAUGAAUUGAAAAGGUAUGAAGCAGAAUAUGAGGCUUCUUUGAAGAAUCUGGGACACUCUACUGAAGAUGAUGGGAAAAUGUCGCAUGAUGCUGAUCUGGAAAAGAAGAACGCAGCAGAUGACAUUGAUGAUGAGUAUGAUGACUUUUUCGAUUUUCAUGAUGCCCAAAUGGAAGACUCUACUGAUAGUAAAAAUAUGGGAGGGAAACACUCUAACCCUAAAGUACUAAGUUCGGAUAAUGAAGUUCAGAAAGACUCCCAUGAUUCUUCUGAUGUGGGAAUCAAUGAUAAUACUUCUGAGGAUAUUGAUGGUGCAGAAUCUUCCUUAAACAAAAAAGUUUCUCAUAAUGGACAAACAAAUUCUAGGCAUGCAAAUGAGCAAUCAAACAGAAAAUCACAUCCUGAAACAAAGAAAAAAGGCAAGCGUCGCAAAUUCUCAGGAUCCUGUGAUAUGAAGUUGUUGAACUCAACUUCGCAGCUUGUAGAACCACUAGAAAGUAGAAAAUUUUCAAGAUUUAACUUACACUACACAGAGACAGAAGAGAAGCCCCCGGGAGAAGAGCAUUGGUUGCCCAGAUUUGCAGGGCAUCAGAGCUUAGAAGAGAGAGAAAACUCAUUUUUGGCACGUGAUCAGAAAAUAAACUGCGGUUUUAUUAAUGGUCCUGAAGGGUCUCCUAGCACUGGAUUUGACUUGGCAGAAAAUGAUGCAAGUUACAUUAGCAGAUGCCAUAUUGCUGUGAUUUCAUGCAUAUUUGGAAAUUCUGAUCGCUUGAGGAACCCAGGCACGAAAACGGUUUCUCGUUUGUCAAAGAAAAAUGUCUGCUUUGUCAUGUUUACUGAUGAAAUUACAGUACGAACACUUACUGCUGAAGGUCAUGCACCUGAUAGAUCGGGUUUCAUUGGCUUUUGGAAGUUAGUGGUAGUGAAGAAUCUACCUUAUGACGAUAUGCGGAGGGUGGGCAAAAUACCUAAGUUAUUGCCACAUCGACUUUUUCCAUUUGCCAGGUAUUCAAUUUGGUUGGAUAGCAAAUUGCGGCUGCAGCUUGAUCCUUUACUGAUCUUGGAGUACUUCUUGUGGCGAAAGGGUUAUGAAUUUGCAAUAUCCAAUCACUACGAUCGGCAUUGCGUGUGGGAAGAGGUAGCACGGAACAAGAAAUUGAACAAGUUUAAUCACACGGUUAUAGAUCAACAAUUUGCAUUCUACCAGGCUGAUGGACUGCAAAGAUUUAACGCAUCAGAUCCUAACAAGCUUCUUCCAAGCAAUGUACCAGAAGGUUCUUUUAUUAUCAGAGCGCACACCCCAAUGUCGAAUUUGUUCUCCUGUCUUUGGUUCAACGAAGUCGACCGAUUUACUCCCCGUGAUCAGUUGAGUUUUGCAUAUACUUAUCAGAAGCUGAGGAGGAUGAAUCCUGAUAAACCUUUUCAUCUUAAUAUGUUCAAGGACUGUGAAAGGAGACACAUAGCCAAGUUAUUCCGUCAUAGGGUGGACGAGAAGAAGAAUACGCAUCAAAAAGAAACAGAAUAAAGCGAUUCAGUGACUUUUGAGGAUUCAGCACAAGGUGUUUUCCACGGAAGCAAAGUGUUAGUCGAAGUUCGUGCCAAAGUGCUGCUGUGUCAUCCAUCGAACAUAAUUUUUGUGGUUAUGUUUUAUAAUAUCUCUAGUAUCCAACCAUUUGUGACAGAAUUCAUUUAUGCCCUGCCUGGAGACAAGCAAAGCAUCAAAUUGACACUCUGACCAUCACUUCCACUAUUUCUACUACUACAACUACAGCUUCAGCUCAUAUUUCAUUUCUAGAUUCUAUACUAGGGUCUUAUGUUAUGUAUGUAGAAAAUUUUGAUAGGUCAUUGGUACUCAUGUUAGAAACCUGACUUGUGAUUCUUAUCUCAUUGAUUUAAUUAUUCAAAUGUUUCAUUUUCACGUA